GUCAAGGACAGUAAGAGGACCCAGGACAUAGAAACCGGCACGCUUUUCACCCUGGUUUGGAUCGCUGCGAGGUGCUUAUUUCGUGGGUGUUUUUGUUGCUUGGUCCUUGCCGGAAUGUUCGUUUCCCGUGAUGGCUAUGCGUGCUCCGAUUUCAAAGGCUUCACACUCCUUAUGCCAGCUGUAUCAGUGGGCAAUGUGGGCCAGCUGGCUAUAGAUUUAGUCAUUUCUACACUUUGUAUGCCCAGAGUUGGUUACUUUUAUACAGAUUGUCUUGUGCCAAUGGUUGGAAAUAAUCCAUAUGCAACAACUGAAGAGGAUGCAACGGAACUAUGCAUAAAUGCUGAAGUGUAUGCAAAAACAUCAAAAGAAUUGGUGGUUCUGCAGAUCAGAUCACCAUUCAUAAAGAAUAAAUAUAGAUUGUUUUGCCAAAUAUUGCUGUCGUGGGUGAAAAACUCUGGAUUUUCCAAAAUUGUUUUCUUGUCAAGCAGUCAUGCUUAUCAACGCAAUGACCAACAGCUUCAUGGCACUUCAUUUCGAUACUUGAUUUCACCUGCUGUUGACAAAACAAUGGAAGAUAUUUUAGAAAGACUGAGCGGCAGUGAAUUGGAGCAAAUAUCAGCAUUUCCUGGAACAAACGAUGAUAAAAUAUUCUAUAUUCCAGGAGGUGGUAUUACAAAACUAUUAUUCACAGAGAGUUGUUCAAAAGGAAUUCCACUGGUGGUUUUGCUGAAAUUCUGCUCUGAAGGAGAUAAUAUUCCUGAUGCUUUUGCCCUUGCUGAUUACCUUAAUGAAACUUUACCACUAAUUGCACCUCAGAGUAGCACUUCUCAAGAAAAAUCUUCACGAUGGAAAAUGCCAAGUUCCUGGAAACUACUUUUUGGUAGUGGACUCCCAUCUUCAUUGUUUUAAAUCAUACAUUGUUUUUCAUGUAGUCCAUUUGUAUACAAUCCAAGCUGUGUUUUGCAUCUACAGGCCAAUGUAUAAACUUGUAUGUAAUUGAUUAUCACUUUUCAUGGAUAUUUUAAUUUACCGGAGCAAAAUUAUUGUAUCAAAAUUGGACAUCUUGGCAUACUUUUGGUUCAAAUAUCAAAAUGUUCCAUGCUUCUUUUCACUAUUCAUAUUUAAUUUCAUCUUAAGAGUAAUAAAGGAAAACUGAGAUGUUCAAAAUGUUUAUCACUCCCAUUUUGUGUCACAUUUAGAUACAUGUAACAUUUGGACAAGAGGCAUUGUAAGUUAUGUGGUGAUCUUAUAUACUCAGAAAAUUUUGUACAAAAUGAAGCAGAUUUUAGAAAAUCAUGGGUGUUAUAUUUGACUCAAGUUGAAACUUAGCUUUGUUAAAAUGAAUUUGAGGCAUAUAAAAACUAUGUGUUCAUAUUACAGAUAUAGGGAUGGUUUUGUUGUAAAAUUGGAAAAUGGUUUAGGGUUUUAAAGGGUUACUUUUUAAAUUUCUUGGUAACUUUAAUACUUGAAAGUUAACCAAAAUUGCUGGGCUUAUAUAAAAUAGUUAUAAGUAUUUAAAAGGAAAGCAAUGUUUUCAAACGAGUUAUGAUAGUAUUUGGCAAAUGUAUUUCUAAGCUGGUUAAAACAAUUCUGUCACUAAAGAAGAAACUGAUAUUGGAGUGUCCCAAAUGCAAAAGAACCUUUGACUUGUACUUUAAAAAAAAAUAAUUCUAUGUUGACUUUGUUUAAACAAAAAAGUAUUUCUCCUUAUGAGCAAUAGAAUUCAUUCAUGCAAGCUCCAGUAUUGUUCCAACUUACUUACUUGUCUAAAAAUAUGGGAAGUCUAAUUCAUCAGCACUGCCAUGGCUGAACAUAGUUAAUUUUAAAUCCAGAUUCUUUAAAUUUUCCAAUUAUUUAUAUUUCUUGUUUUUAAACCGCCCAACUCCCUCAGAAAUGUGUGAGUGGAUUUAUAUCAGUGAGAUAAUUAUUUUCUUUUAAAUACAAAUUGAUGGGAAAGUGAACUUUUGAAAAUGUUCUGGAUAGACCCCCUUUCCCCAUUGAAUCUUCUAAUCUAAAAUGUGUAUAUCCAAUACCACAGAAACUACAGCUCUGUAGAUACUACAGAUACUACAGUAUUGUAAUGCUACAAUACUACAGAAGGACAGAUUUUUCAUUUAAACAUAAUUCUCUAUUUGUAAUAAAUGUAAUGUGUUC